AGGUCUGGCCGUGGAAGCUGGAGCUGGAGGGUGUGGGAGGGGCAGGCGUUCUGAGGGCUCCUCCGUGACCUGACCCAGAACCCAUGUGUGCCCAUCCACGUGAGAGUGAGGACACGGAUGGCCUUUUGCAGGCUUCCUGAGAGCCCUGUGCCCCAAGGCAAGUCCCCAGAGGAGGGCCAGGGGCCGCAGGCUGCAGACAAGCUGGCCAACGGCGUCAGGACGGACAAGCGGGCCUGGGACCUGGCCUCCCGCCUCUAUCGCCUGGAGGGUUUCCGGAAGUCCGAGGUGGCUGUGCACCUGCGGAAGAACAAUGACUUCAGCAGGGCUGUGGCUCAGGAGUACCUGUCCUUCUUCCAGUUCGGUGGCCAGAGCCUGGACCGGGCCCUUCGGAGCUUCCUCCAGGCGCUGGUGCUCAGCGGGGAGACCCAGGAGCGGGAGCGAGUCCUGUUCCAGUUCUCCAGGCGCUUCCACCACUGCAACCCCGGGCUCUUCUCCUCAGUAGGUAGGAGGGCAGGGCUCCGGGUGCCGCGGGCGGAGGGAGCCUGCUUGGGAGUUCCCUGGUGGCAGCUGCUGGGUGUGCUUGGGGGCUGUGGAGAACCAGAAGCACUUGGGGGUGCCCUGCCCA